CUUCACUCGCACCACCCUCUUUCCUAUAGUGCGGAGGUUCUCUUUCCCAUUCUUAACUCUGACCUUAUAGUCUGUGGUCCACCUGUAGACGACUGUCUGCAGCACGGCAGGGCCACCCACAAAGGGCACAUCUGAGAUUGUGUCUGGAACUGGAUCAAAAGAAAUAACACCCUUGCUCAACAAUAAUUCCUCACGGGACAGUCCCCAAUACUGAUCUACUGUGAAGCUGUUUAGCCAAUUGUGUUGUGCUUGACAGAGCAGAAGACUACCCAAACGAUGGCUGGGAAACCCAAAUUGCACUAUGCUCGAGGGAGAGGGAAGAUGGAAUCCAUCCGUUGGCUGCUUGCAGCAGCCGGCGUGGAGUUUGAAGAAGAAUUUAUAGAGAAAAAGGAAGACUUAGAAAAAUUACGGAAUGAUGGACAGCUCCUGUUUCAGCAAGUGCCCAUGGUGGAAAUGGAUGGGAUGAAGAUGGUGCAGACGCGAGCUAUUCUCAACUACAUCGCAGCAAAGCACAACCUCUAUGGGAAGGACCUGAAGGAGAGAGCACUGAUUGACAUGUAUGUGGAAGGAACAACUGAUCUGAUGGGGAUGAUGAUGAUGCUUCCUUUCCAGCCCCCUGAGAACAAAGAAAAGCAGACCAACCUAAUUUUUGAGAGGGCCACAACCAGAUAUUUCCCAGUUUAUGAAAAGGUUUUAAAAGAUCACGGACAAGAUUUCCUUGUUGGUGGGAAGUUCAGCUGGGCAGAUGUCCACCUGCUUGAAGCUAUUCUGAUGGUCGAAGAGAUGAAGCCUGAUGUUCUUUCUGCGUUUCCUCUGCUGCAAGACUUCAAGGCAAGGGUAAGCAACAUCCCCACAAUUAAGAAAUUCUUGGAGCCAGGCAGCCCGAGAAAAUUUGAAUUAGAUGACAAGGCACUUCAAGAGAUCAGGAAGAUUUUCAACAUCUGAGAACAUCUGCUAUGAAGAUCACUACAAAUACUGGCAUGAUUUUAACAGAUCUGUGCGACUUCUCUCUUACUGUUGUUGUUGUUUAGUCGUUUAGUCAUGUCCGACUCUUCGUGACCCCAUGGACCAUAGCACGCCAGGCACUCCUGUCUUGCACUGCCUCCCGCAGUUUGGUCAAACUCAUGUUCGUAGCUUCGAGAACACUGUCCAACCAUCUUGUCCUCUGUCGUCCCCUUCUCCUAGUGCCCUCAAUCUUUCCCAACAUCAGGGUCUUUUCCAAGGAUUCUUCUCUUCUCAUGAGGUGGCCAAAGUAUUGGAGCCUCAGCUUCACGAUCUGUCCUUCCAGGGAGCACUCAGGGCUGAUUUCCUUAAGAAUGGAUAGGUUUGAUCUUCUUGCAGUCCAUGGGACUCUCAAGAGUCUCCUCCAGCACCAUAAUUCAAAAGCAUCAAUUCUUCGGCGAUCAGCCUUCUUUAUGGUCCAGCUCUCACUUCCAUACAUCACUACUGGGAAAACCAUAGCUUUAACUAUACGGACCUUCUUCGGCAAGGUGAUGUCUCUUACUAGUUGGAGGAUAAACAGCGUAGCCCUAUUCAUGUCUAUUCAGCAUUAGUUCCAUUUGAAUUCAGUGUAGCUUACUUCUGGGGAAAUGUAGGUGUAGGAUUGGAGCCUAAAUCCAUAAAAUAGUAUUUCCUCUUGGUUCCGUAGUCUCAAAAGCUUUUGAUUGCAAACGCUUGAAAAAUGUAGUAGAUGAGAACUCUUUUGUGAAGAUGCUGAGGCCUCCUUUAGAUAAUAGUCUAAUGCAACCUCCCCAAACCUGGUAUGAUACCUUCCAGGGGUUUUGGACUACAGCUCCCAUCAGCCACAGCCAGCAUGGCCAGCAGCCAAAGAAUAAAAUUGCCAGAGUCAACAAACAUUUGAUAUUGUGCAAGGAUUUUUUUUCCAGCCGGAACUCACUGGAACUGAGUUCCGCCACCUCUCUGGUGCAUUCCAGAGUUCAAAUGCUACUGAUCACCAUAAUGGCACCGUGGAAAUCCACAAAAGGAGAUGAUGGUACAAUAAAAUACUGUAUGAUGGUACAAUAAAAUGAAAUAAAGCAUUCUACAGUGUUUGUAUUUCAGUGCCAUGUUUUACUUGAGUAUUCAAUAACAUGUCUGUUCUGUCAUGACUAGUUCCUGUUGGUGCUUUGCGUAGAUGUGAUGGGAUCUGUGUGGUCCUGCUGGAUCAGAGGCAAGCAAAAUAUAUCCUAUUAAUGUACUCCCUGCCAGAAAAUGACCUAUUUUCAUAGCCUUCUACAGCAAUUAGACUGACUGGCCAAAGCAGCAAAUUUGCUACAGGCCUGGAUUUCCAGCACCAACAUGUAACUAGACUAGAUGACCGUUGUGUUGAGACUUCUUUCAACUCCUUACAGAUGAAAA